AUGGCUCCCAAGACGCAGACCAAGGGUGGCGCCUCCAAGGCGCCCAAGGGCUCCAAGCAGGCCAACGCUGCUGCUAAGGCUGCCCUCAAGGGUACCAACUCCCAGAAGAAGACCAAGGUCAGGUACACGACCAGCUUCCACCUGCCCAAGACCCUCCAGGUCUCGCGCUCGCCCAAGUACCCCCGCAAGUCGAUCCCUCACGAGCCCCGUCUCGAUGAGCACAAGGUCAUCAUCCACCCUCUCAACACCGAGAGCGCCAUGAAGAAGAUCGAGGAGCACAACACCCUUGUCUUCAUCGUCAACAUCAAGGCGAACAAGGCCCAGAUCAAGCAGGCCCUGAAGAAGCUCUACGACAUUGACACUGUCAAGAUCAACACCCUCGUCCGUCCCGACGGUUCCAAGAAGGCCUACGCCCGCCUUACGCCCGAUGUCGACGCUCUCGACAUUGCUGCCACCAAGCUGGCCCUCGUCUAAAAAGGUGAUCGGUAUGGGUCUGUUCGGUCUGUUCGGUGGAGGACUUUCACUCGCAAAGCAUGGGCAUAGGGCGUCACAGGUUGUCAUUUUACACGCCUGGUGUGGCAACACCAUAGGCACCCAAACACAAUCGACACGUCGAUUUAGUGUAGUCGGCACGCGUACCGAAAACACGUCCACAAUCCACAUGAACGCCGAAUCGCUGA